AUGGUGUUCUCAAGGUUAGAGAAGACACCAAAAAGGAACUACUAUAACAACCUGGUGGAGGAAUUUGGCCAAGGUCGCCUAGAAGCGCCUUUGUACGAUAGAAGAGGACGUGCACUCCGGAUCGUAGGUGCACAUGCACCUGCGAAAACCACUGAGGAGAACAACAAGGACGCCUUCUACGAUGAAAUCAAUGCGAUGAUGUUUAAAAUACCCAGCCAAGAGGUGCUCAUUGUCGGAAUCGACGCAAAUGCGAAAACGGGACUAGGUCAACAAUCCAGUCUGCUAGAAAAAUGGUAUUAUCCAACGGAGCGCACGUCGGAUAACGGUAGCCGUCUGGUCAACUAA